AUGACCGGGCACAACGCUCCACUGACGCCUCCUCUAACAGAGAAUGACAUCCAGCAACUGUUAGCAAGUCAGAGCCCUUCUUCAGCGAAUCCACCUACGACGCUUAGACAUGGUCACGCCUCCGCCGUAUUUCAGGACGUAUUUCCAGCAAUUUCCAAUUUCGCGAUACAAAACCUCCUUCCGGAGCUCAUAAGUCUAGCGGAGGCAACUGAAUUGAGUGCCGACGCUGCGUCUCGCCAAGAUGAAACUAGAUUAUUAGUUGUCGGUCCAUUGGUGCUUUCGUACAUAAUCACAGACGAGCUACCUCCUGCUCUAUUCGCCUUGAGGCGAUUACCAGAGAACCUUGCUUCCCACCCUCUCUCCAAGGCCCUUCUCAAGUUGCUUGCUGCAACGCAGAAUAGAACGUAUCAUCUUGUAUACAAAAAUGCAAACGACCUCGUGCUACUAGUGCAAGGCGACUUAUUUGAUAGCCUACUAGCUACUGUCGUCAAGCUUCUUGUAGAAAGACAUAUCACUGCUUUCCGUCGAAAAACAGCGGAGCUCCUUCUGAAGGCUUACACAUCGCUGCCUCUGCCCUUAGCGAUGACCUAUCUAAACCUUCCCGAAGAUGGUAUCCGCAGGGCAAUGGAAAGCUACGGCUGGAUGUACGACUCCACUGUAAAUCAGCUGAUUGCUCCUUCCUCAAGAAACCCAUCUUCUCAUUCUAAUUUGACGUCGACACAAUCGACUAUUAGACUUAUUGUAGGAGGGGCUGCGCAGUUCGAUAUUGGAAGUUGA